CCAUUUCAGAAGGUGGCGGUAGAGAUCCUGGAGGUUUGUUGUCAAGCGCCUGUGAGACAAUGAGGAGGGGGGAAGAAGGAAUCGUUCCAGUGAUCCGCCAUAUUGGCUUUCCUCAAACGCACUGUCGUCUCUACGAUUUAUACUGUCAAGAAAAAAAAAUUUUUACAGCGAUGACCCAGACGGUUCAAACCAACGGGGUUCAACCCCUCAGUAAAACCUGGGAAUUGAGCCUUUAUGAACUACAGAGAACUCCACAGGAAGCAAUAACAGAUGGACUGGAGAUUGCAGUUUCACCACGGUCAUUGCACAGCGAACUCAUGUGUCCUAUCUGUCUGGAUAUGCUGAAAAACACAAUGACGACCAAAGAAUGCCUGCACCGCUUCUGUGCAGAUUGUAUCAUCACAGCAUUAAGAUCUGGGAAUAAAGAAUGUCCUACAUGCCGCAAGAAGUUGGUUUCAAAGAGGUCGCUUCGUCCAGACCCAAAUUUCGAUGCACUGAUAAGUAAAAUUUACCCCAGCCGUGAUGAGUAUGAAGCACACCAGGAAAGAGUGUUGGCCCGCAUUAGCAAACAUAACAACCAGCAAGCCCUGUCCCACAGCAUAGAGGAAGGCCUGAAGAUCCAGGCGAUGACCAGAUUACAGCGCGGUAAAAGACAAACGGUGGAGAAUGGCAGUGGAGUUGAGGACAACGGAGACUCCUCCCACUGCAGCAACGCAUCGGUCCACAGCAAUCAGCAGGAGGCUGGUCCAAGUAUAAAACGCACCAAGACGAGCGAUGACAGCGGCCUGGAUAUGGACAAUGCUGCGGAGAAUGGCGGUGGCGACUCUGUGAUUGACGGCGGUGCCAGCGAAAUUGAAUUGGUUUUUCGGCCUCACCCCACACUGAUGGAAAAGGAUGACGGGCACAACAGUGUGGAGUUUGUGCCGCGCUACAUAAAGACGUCUGGCAACGCAACGGUUGAUCACCUUUCCAAAUACCUGGCUGUCCGACUGGCUUUGGAGGAGCUGAGAAGAAACACAGAGGCCAGUCCUGUCAAUGUGGAGGCGGCGUCGGAGAAACAAUACACCAUUUAUAUACCUACUGCUGGCAAUCAGUUCACUGUCCUCAAUGGUUCCUUUUCUCUCGAGCUGGUCAGCGAAAAGUACUGGAAGGUGAACAAGCCCAUGGAGCUGUACUUCGCUCCCACGAAAGAACACAAGUAGAAAUCCCCAGGACGAGUACGGGACCGUGUACACCGACGCGAAAAGGGGAGGGACUCUGGUUAGAGAUGUCUGUUGUAUUUUUGUGUCUUUUAUUUCCACGUGUAGGAGGACUGCAGCCGCCACAAUAGACCACUUCUGAUUCUACCUGGGACCGUCCUGCUUUAUUAUACUAUACUAUAUUUCCUGAUAAAUUGACGUUUUCUCCAUCUUCUAUUCAAUCUGAACUUCUUGCUACUGUUUUUUUUCAGGCAUGUCAGCGAAUAAGACGUGUAUUUGAAUACGGGCAGGAUGCCGGGUGUACAAUAUCUGUACAAUAAUGGAUGCUGCAUUUUGUUUCUUCAUUGGCCACUCGGCCAUCUUUGUUCCAUGACAGUUUGUCUCCCUCGUCGCCACGUUUAUAUACACAUAAGCAAAUAAGCAAACAUUCUGCAUUAUGGCUCAGUUGAUGUCUCCCUUUGUGUGCAUUUUGUGUUGUAGUGUUCCCGUUCAAACUUCGAGCUUGAUUAUUCAUGUCUGUAUUUCUCAAAAAUGUCAUUAUCCUGAUAUUCCAUGUUAAGUGCCAUUUUGUUACAUUAAAACUAACUGCCAAAA